ACCCCAAGUUAGUGUACCCUAACCUCCAGCUCUACGUUACGCGCGGCAGCACAUAUUCCUGCGUGUUUCGAAAAUUUAAAAAUUGAUGUUUUAUGUGUCUUGACAAUAAAGAUCAUCUAACUUCAGUUAUUGGAUACCAAACCAUAUUUAGUGGGCAGCGCUUUUACACAAAAUUUCCCGGUUGAAAGUGAAAGAGCGACUUCACAUGAGUAGUGGACGUUCAAAAUCACAGACAAUAGAAACGUCUUCGGCGGGGCGUCGGCGGAGGAAGGCGAACAGUGAAGUUGAUAGCGGAGCUGAGGAGCCGACAGCCACAAGCAGUAGUGACGAUAAAAGUGACUAUCGUCUUGAUUUGAAGAAACGUCUCACCACAUUUUUAACCAGUAACUCUCAGAUGGCCUCAUCGGAUUCGGGGGUUUCUGGUGUCGAAUCAACAGUUGAGCAUGACUUGAGUGAAUUGAAAGCAUCGGAUUCUCCGAUGUCCCAUGACGGAGCAGAUUCGCCCAGACCAGAACUUGACCGGACGGAUAUUGUAGUAUGUGGAGAAUGUCAUACAAGUUUCUCACUGAGCUGCUUUUCAAAUUUCAUCGAACACAAAGUGUCAAACUGCGGCGGAAAGCUGACCCCAUCGGAUGAUUGUGAAGUGACACCACGCAACUUCGACCGAUCAAGACGAAGAACCUUCAACCCGGCGGCGCUGAUCAGAUGUGGUCGUUCAACAUCAGCAAAUGCUCUUCUUCCCAACUACAACAUGGACGUAACUACGGACACAAAUGACUUAGGGAGCUCUUCGAAGUCACUCACAUGUUGCAAUUGUAAAGAACGAUUUGGAGAUGUUUGGACACUUUUGAAACACAGCUACGACAUCCAUGGCCUGCGAGUAUGCCAAGAAGCAAUCCCAGAGUCGGAUGUUUCGGUUACUUCAACAUCUUCUCCAACAUCAAAUGAGUCAAUGCACAUGUCUUCAAGAUACAACCAUAAUGACACCUCAUCCAAAAUCAUGCAUCAAACCAUAAAGUCUGAAUCAACAAUGAUGAAUAGUUUUUGCUCAGAACGGCUGAAAGAGAUUGUCACAAGAGCUGGAGAACAAGAUCAGAAACCACUGAUGGCGCUUAGAAGGUUGAUGCCAAGUGAGGAAACCGAGGAAGAACAAGUCUCAGCGUUUACCUCAACGUCUCUUCUCAAUUCUAGAGCUUCUCAACCGCAACUCCCAACAGUCUCCAGCUCGGCAGGCUUCCAAACUUCUGGAUCUAUGCCAAAUGUCUGGAUGCAGCCAUCAAUGCUAGCUGCUAUGCAGGAAUAUUAUGCAUCAAUUCAACAGAUGCCAUAUCCAAUGACAAAUAGUACUGCGGUUGCUUUGUUGAAUAUUUCAAACAACCUUCAACAACAACAGCAACAACAACAACAGCUGCAACAACAGCAACAAAAUCUGAUCGCCGCUCAACCUCAGGUCGCAACUCCACAACCACCCGCACCGACACCUUUGUUUCAGAGUUUGAACAGAUUAAGUACCGCUGAUGAGUCCUCAUACACUCCACGACCUGCAUCAGUUGCAAUCAGACGACGUGCUUCACCGGAAGAAGAGUUGACACCUCCACGAAAAAGUAUGAAAAUUGAAGAAGAAGAUCAACUGAUCGUUGUCGAUGAUGGUGAGCUUGCUGAGCCAGCUGCUCGCAAGCCAAAUAACAUCAAGAAGGAGAGAUGCAAUUUUUGCAAUAAGGUGUUCACGAAUCGAUCAAACCUGAUCGUCCAUCUCCGAUCGCAUACUGGAGAGAAGCCUUACAAGUGUCAACUUUGUCCAUAUGCAUGUGCACAAAGCAGUAAACUGACUCGUCACAUGAGAACGCAUGGGCAACAGGGGAAAGAGACAUAUCACUGCUACAUCUGCCGAAUGCCUUUCUCAGUUCAUUCUACAUUGGAAAAGCAUAUGAGAAAGUGUGUAGUUAGUACUCAAGGUCGUCGUGAAGGAGGUUCUCCACCAGAGCGAUCAAUUCGUCCAACACCUUCAGCACUUGCCGAGGCAACGUCGCUUUUGGCUCUUUCAGCACCAUCAAUUUCAGUCCCUCCACAACCUCAAGCUAGCACAGUGGGCCAGAAUCAGAGCCAAAGCCAUCAAAUUGUCCUGAACUGGCUUCAUGCUCUCAAUGCAAGCAACAGUACGCCUACAGCAACAUCGAAAGAAGAUAUGAUUGAGGCUGAUGAGGAUAUGGAAGAGACAGAAGCCAGCGAUUUGCAGUCACACCAACCGUUAACAAGUGAAUCAAAUCAAAUUGCUACGGUUGCUAACUAAUCAUCCAGUAUCAUCAGUCAUUUCUAGCCAGUCAUUUAAUAUUUCUCUCUCAAUCCACCUACCUUUCAAUCUUUCAAAAUACCCUACAACUCGUCUUCUAGUCGCUCGUUUCCAUCUAGCAUUUCGUUCUUUUUCGCCUCAAAUGUUCAGUGUUGUGCUUGUGUUGUCGUCCCGUGUGUGUGUAUUUUCUUUCCAUAUUUCACCCAGUGACCCAGUUCCCUUUUCUCGCCUUGUUUAGUUGUCCGUUUUUUCCCGGUGCCAAAACGCACUCACUAUAUCCCUAUCCCUUGUUUACUUAAGAUUUAAUCACUUGGUUUAGUGUAUUCAUUGGUUUCUAAAGCCUUUUUUGUAACCCCCAUAGGACUUUCAACAAACAACAUGCAAAAUAGCCUUUACACGUCUUUUUCUUUCAUCCUUAGUGAGUCUCUAGAUUGAUGUAAACUUUCAUCCAACAAUCCAAACUCAAAAUUCCUUUAGUUUCUUUUAGAACCUACACACACUUUCAGCUCCCCCCAAUAGAUUGUGAUCCCUUCCUCCCAGUUUUCCAGUCAGUCACUGAUUAUCUAGCCAAGCCUUCCUCAAUCCAACUGAUUAACAUCCAGCUUUAAUCUCGCUCUCCUUCAACUUUCAAUUGCAGUGAAUUGUUCCUCUCUUUCUUCUUUUUUUCUAAUAAUCCAUCAAUCGGCAUCUCCAUCUUCUGAACCCCUAAACUCCAAUUCAAUCGUCUUUCUGCUACCAUUCACUGCUAUAUUCGAUAAUUAUUCAUUUAAUCUUUUCUGGCGUCGCCCAGGCAACCAUUACUCUUUCGCAGAUACCCCCGGUGAUUUUGUUGUACAGACCCUGUCCCUUUCCCCCAAUUUGUCCCGUGACCUAGUUCUCCCAUGGAAGUAGUAUUUUUAGUCCGACUGAUAGCCCCCUUGUACCAUUUAUUAUACAUACAUAUAUAUAUAAAUACGUCCAUACCUUCAUUUAUUCCCUUAUUUUAUUGCUUUCUCAUUCUCUACCAACCUCUUAAUAUUCUAGUUGUUUUUCAUUUUAGUCGCUGAUCCUGCUUUUUUGUCUAGAUGGACCAUCUUUGUGUUAACUAUCUUCCUUUUCGAAGAGAUUUUCAUAAAGGAACCAUAUUUCAUUCAAUUUUUCUUUCUUCGGUUAGCUGGUGUACUUUAAAACUUGUGAAGCUAUUUUCUUCCCUCUUUUCUCCCUUUAAUUCUACCCAAUUAUUCUUUCCAAUUUUUGUCUUCAAAUAAAUUGCAAACAAUAC